AUGCCACCCCCAACCACACCCACCGUCCUCCUUCUAGGCACAUGCGAUACCAAACUGCCAGAACUCCUCUACACUAAAUCCCAAAUUGAAACCCGCUCACCCUGCACCGUUCAAAUCAUGGACAUCGGCCGCAACCCCAUCAUCCCCAUUGACCCCAACAUCACCUUUACCCCGGACAUCUACAGUUCCCACUUCACAUCACGCAAACGCCCCACCGUCGAGAUCAACUCUCUCAAUCGAUCAGAGUACAUCGAUACUCUUGCCUUCUACGCCAGUGCCUUUGUCGCGGACUUGUUCGCCGAGCAUAAAGUCCAUGCGGUCAUAGGAAUUGGAGGAUCGUGCGGGACGGCGCUGGCUACGCAGGUCAUGCGUGACGCGUUACCCGUGGGCGUUCCCAAGUUGAUGGUCUCGACGAUGGCGUCGGGCGAUGUUGGGCCGUAUGUUGGCGAGACGGAUGUGACGAUGAUGUAUAGUGUCGUAGACAUCGCGGGGCGGAAUCGCUUGCUGGAGAGAGUGUUGAGUAAUGCUGCGGGUGCGAUUGCGGGAAUGGCCAAGGUUUACUUUGAAGAUGUUGUUGUUCCAGAGACGAAGGCUACGACGGCUGCUCAAGCACAGAGUCAAGGGCGAACAGUCCCAGAUGCAACAAAGGAUUCAUCAACAUCAUCAGAAUCAACGCAUCAAGCAGAACCACAACCACAACCACAGCCUCAAAGACAUCAACCACAACCAUCAACCCAGACACAAGAAACUAUAACCGACAACAACAAAAACAACAACACCUCCAACCCCAUCCGCAUCGGCAUCACCAUGUUCGGCGUGACCACUCCCGCCGCAACCACCGCCCGCAAACGACUCGAAUCCAACCUCCCCUCGUGCGAAAUCUACGUCUUCCACGCCACCGGCUCCGGCGGCAAAGCCAUGGAACGCCUCAUCCGAGAAUCCCAACUUGACGCCGUCCUCGACCUCACCACCACCGAGAUCGCCGACGAGGUCGUCGGCGGUGUUCUCAGCGCCGGCCCGUCCCGUCUAUGCGCUGCUACGAAGCGGAACAUCCCUCGGGUGCUGAGCGUUGGAGCAUGCGACAUGGUGAAUUUUGGCACGCCGGAUUCGAUUCCACCCAUAUUUACCGCUGCGGGGGCCGACGCAGAGGGAUCCGGUGGCGCGCAGCAGAAAAGAGUCUUUCAUCGACAUAACGCGACGGUGACGCUGAUGCGCACGACGGGUGAGGAGUGUGCGAGGAUUGCAAAGGUCAUUGCGACGAAUUUGCUCGAGGGAAAUGCGGGCUGGGAGCAGGAUUGUCGGACAAAGGUGAUUUUGCCGCUUGGGGGCCUGAGUUUUUUGGAUACCCCUGGUCAACCGUUUUGGGAUCCGGACGCGGAUAAUGCUCUGUUUGCGACUCUGGAGGACGAGUUACGAGCCAGUGAGAUCGCCAUCAUCCGGGAUGAGCGGGCCAUCAAUGACCCCGGCUUUGCCACGGCAGCGGCCGAUCUGCUCUGUGAGUUGAUCAGCCAAGAUCAAAAUACAAACUAA